GAUUCUUUUCUCGGUAGCGGCUACCGUUCAAACCACUGUUCUUCUGCGUUUUAGAGAGAGAGAGAGAGAGAGAGAGAGAGAGAGAGAGAGUGAGGCUACCAUGGAGAAGGAGAGAGAGCAGCUGGUCUACUUGGCGAGGCUCGCCGAGCAAGCCGAGAGAUACGAUGAGAUGGUUGAAGCCAUGAAGAAAGUUGCCAAGUUGGAUGUGGAACUGACUGUUGAAGAGAGGAACCUAUUGUCUGUCGGCUACAAAAAUGUUAUCGGAGCAAGGAGGGCAUCCUGGCGUAUUCUUUCUUCCAUCGAACAGAAGGAGGAGGCCAAGGGUAAUGAACAGCAUGUGAAGCGGAUAAACGAUUACAGGCAUAGGGUUGAAGAUGAGCUCACCCAGAUCUGCAAUGACAUUUUAUCAAUCAUUGAUAAACACCUCAUUCCAUCCUCCUCCUCCGGGGAAUCUACUGUUUUCUACUAUAAGAUGAAAGGAGAUUACUAUCGCUACCUAGCUGAAUUUAAGGCUGGUGACGACCGUAAAGAAGCUGCAGAUCAAUCACUGAAGGCAUACGAGGCUGCUACUUCCACUGCUAGCUCAGAUGUGCCUCCGACUCAUCCAAUUAGGCUCGGCCUGGCUCUGAACUUCUCUGUUUUCUACUAUGAAAUCCUGAACUCUCCAGAAAGGGCAUGCCAUCUUGCUAAACAAGCGUUUGAUGAGGCUAUUGCUGAGCUUGAUAGCCUCAAUGAAGAAUCUUACAAGGACAGCACCCUUAUCAUGCAACUUCUUAGGGAUAAUCUUACACUGUGGACAUCAGAUCUUCCUGAAGAGGGAGGUGAGCAAUCUAAGCCUGAUGAACCUCAAGCAUAGAGUUAGUUUGGAGAAAAGCAAUGACUCCCGGACAUGUUGAUUCUUCGACUUAAAUGAAUUGUGGAAUAUUCUACCAAAAGAAAAGUUUAAGACCAAGAGUCAUAUCAGUAGUGUCGUCUUAGACUCUGGAGUCCCGUUUUAUAUGUUUUUAUCUUGGUCAGUGUUGGUCUGUAUACUAUAUGUUUGCUUUCCGUCAACUCUUUAUGGGUGUAUUUGGGUUCUAGAGUUUGUUCAUCUUGGUGGUGGUUUCAUUCUACUUCUGCCGUGAUCGUCAUUGAGAAUUUGAUAUUAAUGCCAUGAAGAGUUGCAUUUCGAUUA